AUGAGUGCCACACUCCAACAAUCGGCUUACACUCUGGUGUAUGAUCCCAGUCCGAAUUUAGUUGGGUACACGAACGCGGAGUUACAAAAAUCACUGGAAAAGGGGUCUGAUGAAGAAAAGGUCCACACAAUGAAAAGAAUGCUCGUGAUGAUGCUGGACGGCAAUCCAUUAUCUGAUAUGCUAAUGCAUGUUAUCCGGUUCGUUAUGCCAUCGAAGAACAAGCAAUUGAAGAAGCUGCUGUACUUCUACUGGGAAAUCGUACCCAAAUUGGACGCGGAGGGGAAAUUGAAACAGGAGAUGAUUCUGGUGUGCAAUGCAAUCCAGCACGAUCUACAACACCCUAACGAAUAUAUUCGUGGUAAUACUUUGCGAUUUUUGACUAAAUUGCGGGAGGCAGAUCUGUUAGAACAAAUGGUCCCUGCUGUUCGCAGCUGUCUAGAGUACCGUCACGCAUACAUUCGCAAAUACGCGAUUUUAGCCGUUUACUCUAUCUACAAGGUUAGCGAUCAUUUAAUUCCAGAUGCAUGCGAGAUCAUUAACUCUUUUUUGGUUGCGGAAACCGACCCGAUCUGUAAAAGGAACGCGUUUUUGGGCUUGGCAGAGCUUGAUAGAGAAUCUGCCCUUAACUACCUACAAGAGAACAUUGCUACCAUCGAAAGUCUUGAUUCAUUACUGCAAGACGCAUUCAUUGACUUCAUUCGGAAAGAUGCAAUCCAAACUCCUUCUUUGAAGCCUCAGUACGUUGAUCUAUUGCAAGACCUACUUAACGCUACAACCUCCCAUGAAGUUGUUUUCGAGGCAUCUUUAGCAUUAACAGUACUUACAAGUGACCCCAAGGAACUAUGCCAAGUAGCUUCGAAGCUCAUCGACGUCGCCGUCAAGGAGUCUGACAACAACAUUAAAUUGAUUGUACUGGAAAGGAUUCAGGAUAUUCAUAAGAGAGCCCCAGGAUUUUUGGAGGAGCUAACCUUGGACAUUCUGCGUGUUUUGAGUGCUCAAGAUCUGGACGUUCGUGCUAAAGCCUUGAACAUAGGUUUGGAGUUGGUGUCGUCGAGAAACGUGGAUGACGUCAUAAAGCUAUUAAAAAAAGAACUACAAAUUACGAUCACAAAUGCCCAGAAUGACGAAAAGGCUGUUGAUUAUAGACAGAUUCUGAUCGAGAAUAUUCACAAAGUAGCCAUUCGAUUCGUGGAGGUUUCUGCGGAUGUAGUUUCACUGUUUUUGGAGUUCAUUGGUGAUUUAAGUUCUAAUGCUGCAAGCGGUGUGAUAGCUUUCAUAAAAGAAGUGAUAGAGAAAUACCCUCAGCUCAGGAAAGAAAUUUUGCAGCAUUUGCUUGGCGCACUACCAUACGUGUCCUCUGCAAAAGCCUAUCGCGGGGCGUUGUGGAUACUGGGAGAGUAUUCUUUGGAUGCUGCCGAUGUCCAAAGCUCAUGGAAGCAUAUUCGUAGUAGCAUAGGUGAAUUACCUAUUGUGCAAUCUGAAGUUAAGCAACUUGAAGGUGGUGAUACUUCGGAAGAACCCGCUGCGACUGAAGAGGCGCCUUCCUCUGGUCCGGUUGUUUUGCCAGAUGGCACAUAUGCCACUGAGUCAGCUUUCUCCACUGAGCAUAACAAAACCUCAACAAAGGAGGAAAAAGAGUCGAGACCACCACUACGUCGUUUCAUUCUGAAAGGAGACUUCUACACUACAUCUGUUUUAGCGACUACUAUCGUGAAGUGUGUUCUAAGAUUCGAGAAAACUUCUGCGGAUAGCACUGUUCUCAAUGCUUUGAAAGCUGAAGCUAUGCUUAUCCUCGUGAGUGUUUUGAGAGCUGGCCAAAGUACACUAGUGGAAAAGAAAAUCGACGAGGACUCCUCAGAAAGGAUAAUGAUUGCCUUGUCAGUGCUCAUGAGUGAUUCUGAUACGAGUGGCUCAGAUAGUAAGAGACUACUUGAAAUGGCUUAUUUAGAGGCUACCAAAAAUUCGUUUGAAACCAAGGUAGCAAGCGCUGAACGUGAGUCAGCAAAAAAAUCGGCCUCAGUCUUAGCUCGCACUGCUGACCCAAUCGAUAAGGCCAUUUUGUUUAGACAGUUUGCUGCAAAGGAUAUUCACAAUACCCCAGUCGACACUAUUAAUGAGGAUUUGGAAAUGGCUAUUUCUGGUGAUUCGGUAAAUUCAAGGAGUUCGUCAUCAAUAAUGUCCAAGUUAAGGAAGGUGGUGCCGCUGACUGGUUUCUCGGACCCCAUCUACGGAGAAGCGUACAUCACAAAUCACCAGUUUGAUGUUGUUCUCGAGGUCUUGUUGGUGAACCAAACGAAGGAAACGCUGAGAAAUUUGCACGUUCAAUUUGCCACUUUGGGAGAUCUUAAAAUUAUCGACAACCCACCCAGCACUAAUGUUGUGGCGCAUGGAUUCCACAAGCUCACUGUCACUGUAAAAGUGUCGUCAGCUGACACCGGUGUGAUUUUUGGUAACAUCAUUUAUGAUGGUGGACAUGGCGAGGACGCUCGGUAUGUCAUUAUGAAUGACAUCCACGUUGAUAUCAUGGAUUAUAUCAAGCCAGCAAAGACGGACGAUGCCACGUUCCGUAAAAUGUGGAACGCGUUUGAAUGGGAAAAUAAAAUAACAGUGAAGUCCAAACUUCCAACACUACAUGCAUAUUUGGAAGAGCUGGUCAAAGGUACUCGCAUGGGGAUUCUUACAUCUGAAGAAGCAUUGGGAGAAAGAGACUGUAGGUUUUUGAGUUGCAAUUUAUACUCUAAAUCGACUUUUGGAGAGGACGCUCUAGCCAACCUUUGCAUCGAAAAGGACCCAGUUUCGGGUGAGGUCGUCGGUCAUGUACGUAUUCGCUCUAAGGGCCAAGGACUCGCACUAUCUUUAGGUGACAGAGUCGCCUUGAUAGCUAGAGAAAUGAACAAGCUAAAAUUGGAUCGGAUGUAA